AUGAGAGAAGUCCGCCAGCCCGCCACAAAGCGCCUCAUCAACCCCGACACCGUCAACGCCCUCACGGCCGAACAACUCACCACGCAACGCAACGCACUCCUCCUGGCCCAAUCCGAGACUGCCCGCGAAGCCAUCCUCUUCCCGAACGCCCCCAACGCCGCAAACGACACCUUCCAAUUCAUCAACAACACGGUGACCCCCCCAACCGGCGGCUCUAUCUUCCUCUCCACGGUGAACAACUUCCCCGCCCUCGCAUCUACAGGCCUCGCCGCCGCCGUCGGCUUCGUCAACCCCUGCGGCCUCAACACCCCGCACUGGCACCCGCGCUCCAAUGAAUUCCUCACCGUCGUCCAGGGAAAGCUACUCGGCGCCAUCCUCCUCGAAAACGACUCGGGCUUCGGCCACGUCGUCGGCGGCGCUCCCCCCGUCAUCGGUCCUUAUACGCAAAUCGAAACCACACUCUCCAAUUACACCGGCAUGCUCUUCCCCAAGGGUCUCGUCCAUUGGCAAUUCAAUCCAGAGUGCGAACCCGCUGUUUUCGUCGCUGGGUUCGAUAACGCCGACCCUGGCCGCGUGGAAGCUGCCCGGGGUUUCUUUUCUGCGACCCCCGACGAGGUGCUUGAGGCGAGUGCGGGAUACUCUGAGUUUUUGACCCCUCAGCAGAUUGCGGGGUUGAGGCCUACGCUCACCAGUGAUUUUACGGAGAUUGUGGAGAGUUGUGCGAAGAGGUGCGGUAUUCCUUAUAAGGCGGAGUCUGAGCCUUCGGCUAGUUCGUCGGCUUAUCACCCUUCGGGUACUGCGUCGGCUUAUCCUGCGGCUUCUAGUGGGUACUAG